UGGGAUUCGGGGGAGGAAACUUUGCCCCCCUUCCCUGCAGCAGGCGAGGCAGAAAGGGAAGCGCUGCGGGAACUCGCACCCCGCGGCCAGCGAAGGGAAAUGUAGUGGAAACAGGUUGUUGGGCUCUCGUCGUAGGAGGAAGGGGCGGCUCUGAAUUACCAGCUAGCCAAAUCUGGGCUCUGGGAAAUGGAGACGGAGCUGCUGCUUUUCCAGACAGCGAUGUGCUAAGAGAAAUGGACAGCGAAUUACUACUGCAGGAGAGCUUUGCUCCAAAAUCGCCUCUUCCCAGGAAACUAAUACACUCCCUGAGCUCUUGAAGUUCUAGCAGUUGCUAGCUCAGCUUGGGGUUAACCACAGCAAGUUUCAGCUGCAUGAGUCGCGAUUUGCAGGGGUCAGACAGGUGAUUUUUUUUCUUCUUUUAAUUUUUGCUCCUCUGCUGGUCCGUGAAUACUGAAUACCAAAAAGUCUGCUUGAAAGCUGGGGAGAGCUCGAGAAAAGCCACAGUGGAGAGUUGUGGUGUUUUGGAUAUAUUUGUCACAAAGUACUGCCACCUCUGCUCGAGGGAUUCAUAUGGCUUGAAGGGUGGAGCUGGAACUUGGCACUUUUACCUCCAUGGAUCCCCUAAACCUCUCUUGGUACAACAGUGACUUUGGUGACAGGAACUGGAGCAAGCCACUCAACGAGUCCAUUGUAGACCAGAAGCCUCAGUAUAACUACUAUGCCAUGCUGCUCACCCUCCUCAUCUUUGUCAUCGUUUUUGGCAAUGUGCUGGUGUGCAUGGCUGUGUCCAGGGAAAAAUCUCUUCAGACUACCACUAAUUACCUGAUCGUGAGUUUGGCAGUGGCAGAUCUCUUGGUAGCAACACUGGUCAUGCCUUGGGUGGUCUAUCUGGAGGUUGUUGGUGAAUGGAGGUUUAGUCGGAUCCACUGUGAUAUCUUUGUAACCCUUGAUGUUAUGAUGUGUACUGCCAGUAUCCUCAACCUCUGUGCCAUCAGCAUAGACAGGUACACAGCAGUAGCAAUGCCAAUGCUGUAUAACACCCGCUACAGCUCGAAGCGCAGGGUCACGGCCAUGAUUGCUGUGGUCUGGGUGCUUUCAUUUGCCAUCUCCUGCCCGCUCCUCUUUGGCCUCAACAACACAGAUGAGAAUGAAUGCAUCAUUGCCAACCCUACCUUUGUCGUGUAUUCCUCUAUCGUCUCCUUCUACGUUCCCUUCAUUGUCACCCUGCUGGUGUAUGUGCAGAUCUACAUAGUCCUCCAGAAGCGCAGGAAACGUGUCACCACUAAGCUCAGCAGCCGUGGCCUGGACUCAGACACACAAGCCCCGCUGAAGGACAAAUGCACUCAUCCAGAAGACGUCAAGCUCUGCACAGUUAUUGUGAAGUCCAAUGGGAGUUUCCAAGUUAAUAAGCGCAAAGUGGAGGUGGAGAGUCACAUAGAAGAGAUGGAAAUGGUGUCCAGUACCAGUCCCCCUGAGAAAACCACCAUCAAACCUGCAGCACCAAGUAACCAUCAGUUGGUUGUGCCAGUGGCUUCUAAUCGGGGCACAAACUCAACCCUGCAGGGAGCCUUGGACAGCCCUGGGAAGCUAGAGAAGAAUGGACAUGCCAAAGAAACACCCCACACAGCCAAGGUCUUUGAGACCCAGUCUCUGCCCAAUGGCAAGACGAGAAACUUUCUCAAGGCUCUGAGCAGGAGGAAAUUGUCACAACAGAAGGAAAAGAGAGCCACUAAGAUGCUAGCCAUUGUACUUGGUGUUUUCAUCAUCUGCUGGCUCCCAUUCUUCAUCACUCACAUCCUGAACAUGCACUGCGAUUGCAACAUCCCCCCAGCAAUGUACAGCGUCUUUACGUGGCUUGGAUAUGUCAACAGUGCUGUCAACCCGAUUAUUUACACCACCUUCAACAUUGAAUUUCGCAAGGCUUUCCUGAAGAUCCUCCACUGUUAAAAGUAAAAACAGCAACCACGUUUUCCAGAAUGAGAAAAAAUAACCCCAAUGCCAUUCACGCACACAAAUGGGCAGCCAUGGAGAGGUCUCGAGCUCUUGUGUUGGGCAUGAGGCCUGCAGUGUUACACCAGUGCCGUGCCCAUGCACCUCCUGGUGCAGAUGCAACGAGGACCUUCAUGUGGGAGGUUCUGUCAUUCCUCAAGCUGACCUUUGGGCUCCGGGAUGCCAAUCCCAAGGGCACUUUUCAGAGCUACCCUCACACUGUGUUUGAAGUGGAAGCAAAAAUCAAGACACACUCAUUUGAUUCUUGCCUGUGGCCAUCUAACCUUGAGUGCAUUAAACACAGGCGCAGAGCCAUGUGUUGGUAGCGGUAGGUCACUGCUGCUACUGGCUUGCGUGUCAUGUCAUUGAUAAAAUUCUCACCAAAGACAAGACCAUCUUUUCUGCUUUGCAAUAGGAGCCAGACAGAGCUUGCGGACAAUCUGUGCAAUAGCUUUGCCUUCACCUUGAGCUGACUCACCCAGUAUCAAACUUCUGAAGCCUUGAGAAAAACCUUUAAAACAUCUCCAAGUGGGCUAAGAAGAUUCUGCCACCUACAGAUCCAGCCCCUGCAACAAUGUGGGCCUACAAGCAACAGGCAGAAGGAAGAAAGGGAGCACAGGUCUCAUGUGGGACCACUACAUAAGUGUAAAUAUGAAUAAAUAGGAUGAAUUGAACAGAAGCCUAAGCCAAAAAACAGACGGAGCGAAACUAAAGAAGUGAUACCUUGUAUUGCAUGGUAUACAUUCAGAUCAAGCAGGACACCAACUAUCAUCUAUCAUCAGCCAGCCCAGCAGCAAUUUCUGCCCACCAGCAUCUCAUCUCCACUCUCAUACAAGAAGUUACAAAACUAGGUGAGGAGUGUUAGUGUGGUGAAUGUAGAAACAGGAAGACAAUGUGCCAGGUGUGGCAUCUGCAGCCAUGUCUGCCUCAGAUGUGAACUUGAGCAAGUCAGCUAAGCUAGGUCCAGUUCUUCUCACCUAACUUUGGGGUGCCAUGAAGCCAAGGACCACUUCAGAUAUGAUUUGCCUAUGUCUCUCAAUAUAGAGACUACAGAAUAACAUCGUGCCUAAAUUAAUUUAAAUUAACAGUAAAUGAUAUUAAACUGUGUGUUUUGGAAAAAGCCAGAAUAAAAGCCUAAGAAAGUCCCUAGCUGGGCCUGGUCCUGUGUCCAAGUUGGACUCUGGAAAGGUCUGGAUGUUUCCAGCAUCCCUUACUCUCUGAUACCUAUCUUUCAUUCAUUAAAACAAACGAAAACCCAUAAUAGCCUAAUUUCACCACACUGACUCUGGCAUUACCAAAUCCACACUGUACUUACUAAUUGUACUCAGUUCACAAUAUAUUUUGUAAUAUCUCUGUAAAUAAAAUAUAGUUAGAUUAAUAAAAUGACAUAGAAAUAGGCCUGGCUAGAAACUAAUGUUGGAUCUGGAAAACUAGAUGAUUACAAAAGCCAUAUGCAGAGGAAGGUUCCCAAGUUCUAGCUACCUGCUGUUUUCUAAAGAUGUUAAAACACAAUCUGGAGAGCAAUAUAAUCCCUUUUCUUUCUAUGCAGUUUGUGGAAUAUUCACAUAGUUUCUGCUUCAGAAUAGAUGAAGACUGCUGCCAAUGGGGGCUCUUUUAUUCCCUGGUUUUCCUAUAUUGCUAACAAAGCCUUUUCCUAUGGGAUGGAUUGUGCUGGUAAAAUGUGUUCCAGCUGUAUAUUAAGAAGAGAUUAUGUCAAGCAGCUAUAGCUAAAAGCUAUAAUGCUUUCAGCCAUUUUCUGAAAUUGAAACAGGACUCCCACCCUGAUCCAAGCUUUCCAUUCUAAACCUUGUAUUCCUGGAAAAGGCUGAUGACCGAUGUUAUCAGUAUUUAGCCCAUGGACUUUUACAGCAUUUGAAUGUGGCUCUUCAAGGCCUGCUCACAGCUAUAAAUUUAAAUGAAGAAUGAUCUUACAGAUGCCUAAAUGUGUCCCACCUUAGUGAAGGAUUUUAGGUUAUACUCUCAGAAGAAAUAGGUCCUACAUAUUAACUAAAUAGGAGAGUACAUGCUUAUCAGAGCAACAUUUUUUGACAUACAUGAGCUAGGUGUUACAUGAUGCUGUCAGAACAAAACAUUAAGAACAUGUAAGAUGGGGCCGGGCACUCUUCUGUCUUAGCAUUGUAAUGCACAGCUAGGGAACCUUUGUACUUUGUAUGUUAAUAGGAUUAUAGCAAGGAAAAAACCCCACUUCUUACAGAAGCACAGGAAACUUUCCAAUCCUUUUUUAAUUACAAAAUUGGAAACACUGACCCAAGAGAUCUCACGCACAAGCUAUCUCUCCUUUUUCUUUUCCUCCCCAAUUUUAACCAAGCAAGUUUGCUCAGUGAUAGGAAUCAACUCAGACUGGUAUUACUUAAAAGAUUCAAAGAAUAAUGUAAAGCUGGUAGGUUUUUUAGUGGAAAAAUAGUAAUGAGCUAUUGCUCAAUUUUCUAACGUAUUCACAAUGGCAAAGCCAUUGGUGCCAUUGGACUUUAAGCUAACAGGUAGGAAGCUUAAUCAAAAUAGAAAAUAAUAUGCAUAAAAGAAAGAAAGCUUUAAAGCAUUUGGAAGUUGCCAUAGGUGGUAUUUGCCCUGUAUUAAACCUGGUGUGAGCCCUCAAAAUAAGUGGAAUCUAAACAGUGUCUUAACCUUGUCCCAUAAUUUUAUUUUGUGUUCAGUGUUAACCCAGGACAAAAUCCUCAUCUUCAAUACUGUGGACCUUGUUCGAACAUUUUCUUUCUGAAUCUAGAUGCAGAGGUUUAUCACUCAACUCACCUGAACUACUGGACUCACUGAUGAAAGACUCUUCCAAACCGUCAUGGAGGAAAAAGCUGCUGAAAAAGGGCCUAUGUCCUUCAUAUGUUUGCUAACGUGGACCAAAAAAAGCCCGGUGUCAUUUCCUAGAGAUUACGUAUUUGUUGGGAGAAGUUACCUGCAGCCCAUCAUUCACCCCAAUGACAUUUUAAGCCACUCAUUCCUAACAUUCCAGACUCAACGGUAUCUUGUGGAAGAUACCAACUGCCCUUGGAAAGGCAGUAAUGCCAUGUCUGUUCAUCUCCUCUGCAGCAGGUUUUCCUUUCCCAUAAUACAUCUACACUUAAAGACAACAAAAUAAAGCACCUUCUACCCACGAAUCAAGCCUUCACAACUCUCUUUGAAAGAGGACCAAAAUAUAUCAUCCUCUGGCUUUAAAAAGAAUGAACUAAUGCCAAGAGCAAGGACAGUCUUUGCAAUCUGUUUGUACAGCACCUGGUGCAAUGACAACCAGCCCAUAGUUACGAUGGAAAGUGUUUGUUGCAGUCAGUCGCAUCAUGCAGGACUCUGAGGCCUCUUUCCCACAGAUCUGCGUCUGGCAAACACAGUCCUCACUGUUACUUCCACUCUGGAAAAAAACAUUGCUUUCCCAAGGACUUCAGAUGGAGGGACAUGCUGAUGAUGGUAAGGGUACCGAUAUGUUUUUUAAAUCACGUUAGUGAGAAGAUUUCAUUUCUUCGUUCCUGAAGAAGAACUUAAGACCCUUGCUAUAGUCCCUAUUUUGUGAUUCAUUAUUUGUAAUUGAAGCUUUAGUUCUGCUUAUUGAGUCUUCCUGUUCCUGCUUUUCUUCCCCGAGAUUCACAGCUUCCUGAAGCCCGUGUGGCUCUCUGCACCCCUGAACAGGUUUUAAUUAAGAAGCUAGUGAAUUCUGCCUGCACUGUAUUUGGCGCUUGCCUGCUUGCUCCCACUACAGUCAUGAUACUGUUUAUCUUCCUGACUGAAGAGUAAACUAAUUACAGUAGGUCUAACUAGCUUAUUAAAUCCUGCUGAAAUGAAAAGGAAAACAGGAAAAAAAAAAGCCACUACCUCUGUGGUGAAAAUCUCCAGUGAAAACAUGACUCCCUGAAGAGUCAAGAAUGUGUAAUACCCAUCACAAGUACAUGUGACACCAACAAAUGUCUUCAUG